AUGGCGGCCUCCUUGGCCCGGCACGCCGCCCGGGACUGGGAGAACCCCGAGGUUAUCGCCAUCAACAAGCGGAGAGCCCACGUGCCACUGCGAUCGUUCACGACACCCGAGCAGGCCUUCCAGCACUUCCGCCUGGCCUCUGAGGCGCCCAGCAGCCCCCGCAUACUGAGCCUCAACGGCGGCGCCUGGCGCUUCCGCCUGUUUGAGCAGCCCGAGGAGGUGCCUGCCGCCUUUGCCGACGCCGACUUUGACGCCUCGCAGUGGGCACAGGCAAGCAGCCCGGCAAGCAGCAGCCCAAUCGCCAGCCUUAGCCGUUGCUCGCACAGCAUGCAUGUUGCGGUGCCCACCAACUGGGAGUGCCAGGGCUUUGGGCGCCCGCAGUACACCAACUUCGUUUACCCGUUCCCAGUCAACCCGCCGUUUGUGCCCGAAGACAACCCCACCGGCUGCUACCAGCUGACCUUUGCAGCGCCGGCAGGGGAAGCAGACCACAGGCAAGUGCAGAGCCCAUGUUCCAGCCGCCUGGCAGCGUUCCUGGUUUUCGAGGGAGUGGACUCCGCUUUCUACUGCUGGCUCAAUGGACAGUUUGUGGGGUACAGCCAGGACAGCCGGCUGCCAGCUGAGUUCGACGUCACCGAGCUGCUGAGCCCGGGCGGUGACAACGUGCUGGCAGUACAGGUACUGAAGUGGAGUGACGGCAGCUACCUGGAAGACCAGGACAUGUGGUGGCUGUCGGGCAUCCACAGGGACGUCUACCUGCUGCUCAAGCCGCGGGAGCACAUUGCCGACUUCUGCGCACGCACCCCGCUGCAGUUUGACGGCGCUGGAGCGCUGGUCGGAGCCACGCUGGAUUUUGAGGUGCAUGUGGAGGGCAGCAGCGCGGCUGCUCUGCAGGGGCUGACGGUACAGGCGGUGCUGUACCGCUGCAACGAAGCCGGAGAGGUGGACCCGGCAGGUGCUCAGGCCUGCCAGGUGGCCGAGCUGGCAUCCCAGCUGCAGCCCGUCUGGGCGGCCGCCGACACGCGCGGCAGGAGCGGCGCCGGCAGCGCCUACGCGGGCGCCCGCGCCACACUCUCGCUCGACAUGCUGAGCCUGCCAGGCGGCGCCGCCUCGCUCCGCCUCUGGUCUGCGGAGCAGCCGCACCUCUACCUGCUGCUGCUGUCGCUGUCGAGCAGCGGCGGCGGCGAGGGAGGCGGCAGGCGAGUGCUGGAGUGGGAGGCGUGCCAGGUCGGGUUCCGCCAUGCCGAGGUCAAGGGGCGGCAGCUGCUGCACAACGGGCAGGCGGUAAUGAUGAAGGGUGUGAACCGGCACGAGCACGACCAGUUGUGCGGCAAGACUGUCAGCCUGGAGGGGAUGGUACAGGACAUAUGCCUGAUGAAGCGCUUCAACUUCAAUGCGGUGCGCUGCAGCCACUACCCCAACAACACGCUCUGGUACGAGCUGUGCAACAAGUACGGGCUGUAUGUCGUGGACGAGGCAAAUGUGGAGACACACGGCUUCGACCCCGCCCUCUGCAACAACCACCUCAACCCAGCCUGCUCCCCGCUCUGGCUGAACGCGAUUGUGGACCGCGGAGUGCGCAUGUUUGAGCGGGACAAGAACCACCCAGCCAUCAUUCUGUGGUCGCUGGGAAACGAGUCGGGCUAUGGCGCAGCCCACCUGGCGAUGGCCGGCUACCUACGGGCGAGGGACAGCAGCCGGCCGGUUCACUACGAGGGGGGCGGCAGCCGUACCGCCGCCACCGACAUCAUUUGUCCCAUGUAUGCCCGCGUGCACCAGAUCCUGAAGCUGGCUGACGAGCCGGACUGCCUGCACGGCACGCCCGCCGCUUGCACCGGCGGCUUCAUCUGGGACUGGGUGGACCAGGCGCUGCUCAAGGAGGAGCAGCUUCCCAGCGGCGGUACCAGGCGGUACUGGGCGUAUGGCGGCGACUACGGCGACUCGCCCAACGAUGCCCAGUUUGUGUGCAACGGCCUGGUGUGGCCCGACCGCAUGCCACACCCCGCUGCGUACGAAGUGAAGCACCUGCAGGCGCCCCUGGCUGUCAGCCUGGCCGCGGCAGCAGGCGGCGGCGGCGACGGGCAGCCGGCCGGCGAGGCGCGGCUGCGGCUGCGCAACAAGCAGCACUUCAGCGACACUGCUGACCUGGCGCUGCGCUGGCGCGUGCUGGUGGACGGCGCCCCCGUGGCGGCAGCAGGCAGCAGGGAGGGCUGGCGGGCGCUGGCGCCGGCGCGGCCGCUGCCGCCGCAGGGGGAGGCUGUCGUGGCGCUGGGCGUGAGCUGGGCUGAGCUGGCACAGCAGGCACAGCAGGCCGCCGAACCCCAGCUCGAGGUGCAGGCGCUGCUGGCCGGCGACUGCCUGUGGGCGGCUGCCGGGCAUGAGGUACUUACGGUACAGCUGCCGCUGGAUGGGCUGCUGCCUGCACGCGGCGCAGCGGGCGGCACUGCACCAGCCAGCGAUCCCCAGCAGCAGCAGGAGGAGCAGCAGCAGGAGGAGCAGGCAGCGCCGCUGACGGUGCAGCAAGACGGCAGCGGCAUCACCGUAUCCGGCGGCACGGCUGGCAUCAGCUGGCGGCUGCAUUUCGAUGGCGCCACCGGUGCCCUAGCCAGGUGGACGGUCGGCAGCAACGGCGGCAGCGACGGCGGCGAGCACCUGCUGGCUGCCCCGCUGGCGCCUUGCGUCUUCCGGGCCCCGACCGACAACGACAAGGGCGGCAGCGGCGGCAGCAGCUAUGCGGCGAGGCGAGAGGAGUGGAAAGCCGCGGGGCUGGACCGGCUCGAGGUUGCGCCUGGGAGCGUCACCCUUUCCGCCUCCCAGCAACAGCAGCAGCCGGGCGGGGUGGACGUGCGCUGCUCCUUCGUGCUGCGGCCGGGGGAGCAGCAGGAGGCGGCGGCGGCGCCGGUGGAGGAGGGGGUGGGCGUGGGCGAGGUUGGCGGCGCGCACUGGCUGUCAGAGGAGCAGCCCACCAGCGUGGAUGUGGCGGCGGCGGAGCAGAGCGGCGGGCGCACCGAGGGCGCCAUCUGCUGCCAGGUCACCUACACAGUGAGCCGUGACGGCAGCCUGAGGAUGCGGUGGGAAGUGGAUGCCACCGACGCGCUGCCCGCCGCCCUGGCACCCGGCCUCGACAAGUCCCUGCCGCGAGUCGGGCUGGCGCUGGGCGUGCCGUCCCGCCUGCAGCGGGUGCAGUGGUACGGCCGCGGACCGCACGAGUGCUACCCAGACCGUAAGGCUGGGGCGGUGUUGCGCCGGCACUGCGUGGAGUCGAUUGAGCAGCUGCACGUGCCGUACGUCUAUCCCAGCGAGAGCGGCGGCCGCGCCGACGUGCGCUGGGUGGCGCUGGGCGACCGCGGCGGCGGCGGCGGCCUGCUGGCGGCCGCCGCGGGCGCCGGCAGCAGCAUGCAGGCGAGCGCGGCUGGCGCAUGGCCGCCGCUCUGCGCUGCUGCACGCGCGUGCCCAUGCGUCAGCGCCAGCCCCUUCAGCGUGCGCGCCUUUGAGCAGGCCAGGCACGACCACGAGCUGCAGCCCAGCGGCUUCACCUGGCUGCACCUGGACCACCGCCACAUGGGGCUGGGCGGCGAUGACAGCUGGAGCCCCACGGUGCACAAGGAGUACCUGGUGCCGCCGGGGAGGUACAGCUUCAGCCUGCUGCUGAGCCCGCUACCCGCGGGCAGCAGCGGCGGCGACGAGGCGGCCCAGCGCGAGACUGCUGCAUGGAAGGCCCUGCUGUAG